GAGUGAGUAAGAGGAGCAGAGGGGGCGGGACGUGUGUGAAAGCCGCAGCAUGUUUUUCCAGAUCGUAUCUGCGAGACCUUCGGACUCUGAUUUAGCUGUGAUGAGCUCCUGAGGGACGGAUGCAGGGGUGGAGAGAGGGAUAGAUGCAGGAAUGGGAAAAGAGACAAAUAGAUGGAUAGAUACAGUGACAGAUAAAGAGGCAGAGUUGCAGGUAGGUUUGGAUUCUGCUGCUUUUCUUUUUCCACUCAGGAGAAACAGCUUGUCGAUGUCCUGAGUGAAGCGGACAAACGAGUCACGCUCUGCCUCUGAUCAGACACUUUCUCAUGUCGGCUCACUGCUUGCUCUGAUGUGAGGUCAGCUGUGAUAGAUGAGUCCAGGUGUUGGACGGCCAGUUCUGCAGCUGUUCUGCCCUUUUCUGAAAAUGUGACUGCGGAGCCCGAGGGUCAGGACACUUCACGUAUCAACACAGUGACAGGUGGCAGAAGUACUGCUGCUGAGGGAGGAAUCUGAACGCCACGCCAACACCAGGAAACUAAAGCGUUUAUCUUUCACGUCGUGUCCUGCUGAAGUUGGAAAAAGUCUUCAGAAGCUCGACUGGUAGAACACUGGACAAUUUCAAGCUGCUCUGAAUCUUCAUCAAUGUCAUCGAAACACUGUGGCGUGUUUUACCCCGGAUUCGAAGCUCGUCUCCUUCCAGUUUGCAGAGUCAUUUAGUAUUCCAAGCUGAAGGUCCACAAAGAAAGGUUUCCAAUGCUCAUGGGGAACUGUGUGCUGCUGUUCCUCUGGUGUCUCCUGGACAAGAGCUUUGUUUCUCCAAUGCACAGGUGGGGAAAGGAGCAUCAUGGGGCCCUGAGGGACCACAGGAAGCCCGGCAUGGCAGCCGUUCAGAGAGUCAAACGAGGAUGGGUGUGGAACCAGUUUUUUGUUCUGGAGGAAUAUAUGGGGUCUGAACCACAGUAUGUUGGAAAGCUACACAGUGACCUGGAUCGAGGAGAUAACUUGGUGAAGUACACGCUGUCUGGAGAAGGAGUCGGUUCUAUUUUUACUAUCGAACCCACCACCGGAGACAUCCAUGCCUUGAGGAGCCUGGACCGUGAGGAAAAGCCAUACUACAUGUUGAAGGCGCAGGCUGUGGAUGUGUUUACAGGAAAAGCUCUCGAACCCGAGUCCACGUUCAUCAUCAAGGUCCAGGACAUCAAUGACAACGAGCCGAAGUUCUUGGAGGGUCCGUACAGGGCUAGCGUUCCUGAGAUGUCCCCUGUAGGCACGUAUGUAACCUGUGUCACAGCCACCGAUGCAGACGAUCCCACGUAUGGAAACAGCGCCCACAUCGUCUACAGCGUCCUCUACGGCCAGCCUUACUUCUCUGUAGAACCCAAAACUGGUGUGAUAAGGAUUGCGUUACCCAACAUGGACCGGGAGAUCAAAGAGUCAUACCAGGUCAUGAUCCAGGCCAAAGAUAUGGGGGGUCAGCUGGGGGGUCUGGCCGGAACCACGACCGUCAACAUCACGCUCACUGACGUCAAUGAUAAUCCGCCAAGGUUUGCUAAAAGUGUCUUUCACCUGCGAGUUCCUGAAUCAGCGCCGGUCGGAUCUUCGGUGGGGAAAAUUAAAGCUCACGAUCUGGACACGGGGCCGAACGCCGAGGUGGAGUACAGAGUCGUACCUGGAGAGGGCAGCUCCGUGUUCGACAUCUACACCGAAGGACACACGCAGGAGGGCAUCGUGCUUCUCAAAAAGCCACUGGAUUACGAAAGCAGAAAGCUGUACAGUUUUAAAGUGACGGCGUCAGACCCACACAUGGACGCCCGUUUCCUGCAGAGUGGCUCACACAGUGACUCGGCGGUGGUGAAGCUCAGCGUGAUGGAUGUGGAGGAAGCUCCGAUCUUCAGCAGCUCAGAGUACAGCAUGGAGACACGAGAGGGAGCUGCAGGGAACGCCAUCGGGACCGUAAACGCUCACGACCCAGACAUGGGGCACAGUCCCAUCAGGUACUCCAUUGAGUGGAGCGCAGACUCAGAGAAUUACUUCGACGUGGAUCCUGUGGAAGGCACAAUUUCAUCUCGAGAAGCUCUGGACAGAGAAACUACACCGAAACACAACAUCACUGUUGUUGCAACUAAAGUUAAUAAUCCCCAGCUGUUCACUCGGGUCAGUGUCACAAUCACGGUGCUGGAUGUCAACGAGUUUCCUCCAGAACUUUCUUCUCCAUAUGAAGCGUUUGUUUGUGAGGAUGCAAAAGUAGGCCAGGUGAUCCAGAUCCUCAGUGCUACAGACAGAGAUAUGCCUAAUCUAGGACACAGAUUCUUCUUCAAAUCUCCCAGAGACAUCCGGAACAAGAACUUCACCAUCCGAGAUUAUGGCAACAACACUGCCGGGCUUCUGAACAGGCGUGCGGGGCUUCGGCGGAUGGAAAAGAGUGUGUAUGAGGUGCCGGUGGUGGUGGAGGACAGCGGGUUUCCCAUCCAGAGCAGCACAGGGACGCUAAGCAUACAAGUCUGUGCUUGUGAUGUCUCCGGCUCAGUCCGAAGCUGCAGCACCAAAGCUUUUCUUCUACCUCUGGGUCUCAGCCCUGGAGCUCUGCUGGCCAUCCUGCUGUGUGUGAUCAUUCUUCUGGCAAUUGUGGUUCUGUCCGUCUCUCUGAAGCGCCACAGGAAGAAAGAUGCUCUGAUGUCGUCCAGAGAGGACGCGAGGGACAACGUGAUCCGCUACGAUGAUGAGGGCGGCGGUGAGGAAGACACGCAAGCCUUUGACAUCGGGACUUUACGCCACCCAGAGGCCAUAGAGGACACACCUGCCCAGCGUUACGACCUGAGGGAUGAUGAGGACGGAGAGGACGUUCAUGUGUACCUCCAACAGCGCUUACAGGAGAACCACAGAGACGACACGGAACCGCCAUAUGACUCUCUGGCCACAUUCGCCUACGAAGGUGAGGGCUCGAUGGCCGAGUCACUCAGUUCCAUAGAAUCACAACGUCACGAUUCUGAUAUCAACACCGAUCUGACGUCGAUCGGAGACCUGGGGCCGCGUUUUAACACUCUGACUCUGAUCCUCACCGAAAGAAAGGGAGCCGAGGAUGAAUCACGUCUCUCGCACGCUGAAGGAUCAGAACCGAGACGAGACGACUGACACGAUUUUAUUUUCAGAAAAGAGCUGUGUGAAAGUGAAACGCCUGGAAAGGUAUUAUUUCAGGCAUAACACUUCGACAGAGACAGUAGGAGAGGCGUGCGUAUUUUGUUUUUUUCCCCUUCGUACGCCUCUCUUCAACCCAUUUUCAACUCAUUUCAGUUGAAACUUGCAAAUCCUUCCAACUGUGUUUUCGGUUCAGCUUCAUGUUUGCACUUGUCAGAAACUGAGUUUUCAAAAAAAAAAAAAUCCUUUUGGGGGAAUUUGAAGCGCCCCUUUGAUAUUAAAAAAAAGUGCCUCAAAAUUUUUCUUUUCUUCGCACAGUUCACACACUCAUUCUUCGAAGCUAAGCAACUUCGCUCUGUAGCUUGAGCUUCUCAUUUGUUAUGGAAAAUAAAAAUA